AUGUCAAACACCAGAAGAGCACAGGCACAGAGUACCAUAUUUAAGAUGCAAUGCAAGAAGAAAGCAUCUAGAGGCGAAGACGUAUAUAAAUGGGGGAGGGGAGAGGGUCAUAUACACACAGGGAUGAGGCAGGGAAGCAUGAAAUUCGGGACAGAUGGAGUGCAUAACGAAAGGCCCCGUAGUGCCCUGUGUUUGGAUGCAUGGCGAGGAUAUGGGAAAAGGCGCCAUACCCAUAUAUAUCUAUACAUAUACAUACAUAAAUAUAUAUCGACUCCUGUAUAUAUGCUGGUUAGCGAGAUUGCGCCCGGGAUUGUCAAGCAGCCAGGAAGCAACUUAACACGUUCUGAGGUAGACCAUGCACUCGAUAUAGCAACACAUAAUAUGGAGCAUAACCCCGAUGGACCAGAUCAACUAUUAAAUAUAGAAAGAAGCCUUCUGGUAUUUGCUCGCCAGCUCGAUGGAUUCCCACAUCUGUGGAUCGUCUUCCCGUACCGAACCAACUUUUCUUUUUAA